AUGGCCAAUAUUCUACAAAACAACGCUGCUGCUGAAUCAACUGCAAAGCUGUACCUCAACGAAAAGUUUGCUGACGUUCAUUUUGUGUUUGAUGUUGAUGGCGAAAUUCAGAAAAUUCCAGCGAAUAAAUUAAUUUUAGCUGUCUUGAGCUCUGUGUUUGAGGCCAUGUUUUUCGGAUCGUUGCCUGAAUCAAAAGAGGUCAAAAUUGUUGAUGCAUCUCCUGGAGCGUUUAAAGAGUUUCUUCAGUUCUUCUAUUUGGACAAAGUGACGCUGACUAUUGAGAACGUCGAAACCGUUGCCCGUUUGGCCGAUAAGUACGACAUUCUUGAUUGUGUUAAUGCAUGUGCCGCAUUCGUCGAAAGCCAAUUGACUCUGGAUAAAAUGUGUUGGGGCUAUCAAUUGGCCAUAUUCCUCAAGAAUAAGAAAAUAAUCGAGUUCUAUGAGAAGAACAUUAGCGAAUCAUCGAAGGAAAUCUUUGCGUCGGAUGGAUUUCGUCGAUGUGACGAGGAAACACUGGGAAACAUUCUACGUUUGAAUUUAGCAUGUAGCGAGACCGAUGUAUUCAACGCUUGUGUGGAAUGGGCUAAGAAUGCAUGCAAAGAAGAUGGACUAGAUGAAAAUCAACUGGAAAACGUGAAAGCACAGCUCGGCAAUAGUUUCAAAUCGAUUCGAUUUGGGGAUAUGUCGAUCGGAGCAUUCAUUAAAAUCCACACGUCGUAUAAAGACCUAUUCACACCAGAGGAAUUCCAAGACAUCAUACUCCAGAUAACAAGCACUGAAUAUGAAUCGAAACUAUUCCAACAAAGUCCACGGUCAUACACAUGGGAUAGUGCUAAAGUAUUGCAAUGUGACCGAGUAAAAGCAACCAACACAUCUAGAGGCGUUCAAAGUGUUGAAAUAGUUUCAUUCUCGUCAAAUCGACCAGUUUUAUUGGGAGAAAUAAGGUCCGCUAGCACAUACUUCAACGGGUACAUUUACAAGGGUGGCUUUGAAGCAGAUGUGGCUGUCAUUGAACUCGAAGAUAACACAUUCCAUUCAACCGUCUUCCCAAAAAUACUCUACAAAGGAUCAUUCAACACAUGGGAUAACAAUCAGCUGAAGAUGGUUUUGCCCAAACCCAUUUUUAUCAAGCCUCAUAUCAUCUAUGAAAUCCACGUGAGUAAAAUACAAUCUGGUUAUUCAUACAGUGCAACAUGGAAUCCAGAAGUGAAGCUGAAAGACGGACUUAAAAUCCAUUUCCAUCGCAAUCCAUCCCUCGGACAUGACAACGCUUCAACUGGCUGGAUUUCUGCUUUGAUAUUCAACAAAGUUUAA